UUUUUUUUUGAGUUUCUAUUUGAUUUCUAUUAUGAAAAUCAACCGUCAUCAUUUAGCCCCAGCUUUGGAGAUUUGGUGUUUUGUUUUUUUUCUCUUUGCCAUCAAGCAUACCAUCUCCAUCUCUUUUUUUUGUCGCCUUUCUGCUUCCCCUUCUUCCCCCAAUAAAUCAACCAGGGAGCUUACAUUAUCCAUGAAUCCUCAGCUCCUUAGUCAAGCAUUGUGCUUUUUGCUCGACUUUGUCUUUUAAUUGAUUACCCGCUGUUAGAUAAAGAAAAUACGAUGACUAGGGCGAAGCAAUUAGCAAAAAGCGGUUCUGGGUCUUUAAGACCAAGGAAAAACAAUGACGAUAAAGCACUGUUCUCUUGACGUUAUAUUCAGUUUUUUAAACCACAUUCUUUCAUUGUUCUGUCACGCACACAAUACCAUGGCACUAUUCGCACUAUCUUUAAAUAAACAAAACGCUUGCUAUAUAUACACAAUUGGCACGCAACGGAGCGAUGAUCACUCAUGAUCUCGUCUUUUUUUUUUUUAUUCUUUCA